AUGCAAACCUCAACCGUCCAUCUUCUCCUCGGUCUUGCUUUGACCGUUGCCAGCUGGGCUGGAGCUAGCUCAACUGGGCAUGAGAGCCUGAUAUCCCCUAAACGCCCACUGAACGAGAGCAACGUAGUCGCCAAUCUUAUAUCUAACAACCAUCAGCAUGACUCGAUUUUCACCCAAGCCGUUAAUAUCAUUGAGUCUUUGAGCACCUCUUCGUCUUGCAAUCGUCUCGCUGCAACCAAGCUCAUGACCUCAUGCCAAGAACUCGGCGGCAAGGCUAACUCUGAUCCUGAGGUCAACCAAAAGCUCAACAUGAUCCGCUCUAUCUACGCUGCCCGGUUGGCAAUUUGUGAGCUUGAAGGGGCAUCAACUCUCAUCCCUCAACCGUGCAUUGCCAUCACAGCAUCAAUUCGAACACCAUCAACCUCGGGGUUCAGAUUUCUUCGCAAACCGACUUCGCAUCAUCUGGAUGAGAAGAAAUUGCCAAAGAGGGAUCUGGAACUUUGUCUGAAAGCUCUAGAAUCGCGGCCUCAAUGGUGGACCUCAUAUAGCAAUAAUCGCCAGAACGCAAUAGUCAUCUGCCAGGCAUCUCGGGCUGAGACUGAAAAGGAAGAAAUUCUCGGCCUCCAUCAUUCACUUACAGAGAGCACUAUUAAGCUCAAUGAGGGUCUCCAGGAAGCUCUCCAUCAGGCAGAAAAGACCGCAGCUGAGCACCAGGCGUUUCUUCAGAAUGUUCUGGUCCUGCAGGAACAAGCGACGAAAGAGAUGGAAGAAAAGGGAACAUUCAUUGGUGGAGCGUUCGACAAAUUGCUAAGGAAGAUAGAGGAUGGGUUUGACUGUGUCGGUGCGGCAGUCACCACAACGCUCGGCAAACUGCAUAUGGAAUCUUCAAUUUUGAAGCAGGUCAGCUUAUUCUAUGUGCACCGGCAAAAGGAUGAAUUUACAACAUUGACACUGUCUCAGGAUCUGAAAAACAGCUCGUCCCAUGCGAAAGCUCUCCAUGAAAUAUUGCUCGCUACCCACAAAGAUGUCAUCACUCGAAGUCAUCAAGUUGCGCAGAUGCAGGUGCAUGACUCAAUCGUAGCAAAAGCAAUGACCUCUGACCUUCAGAACUCUUUGCGGUCUUUGGCUGAGGCAGAUGUGGCUCAGCUUUCUCAGCAAAUGGCAAUCAUGGAUCAAGCGCUGGAAUGGCUCAACAAUCGCUUGAUCGUUGCUAUCGAACAAGAGAACAAGUUGGCAGAGCGACUCCGGGCAAUGGACAGUUCUGUGAAUCAAGCACAGCUAAAAGCAGAGGAACUCCAACAUACUCAGCAGCUUCAGGCAGAACAACUAUUGACCCAGCAACAGACCCAAGAGUCGAUCCGGUUCAACGCCCAAGUAUCCCAAGCUUUGCUGGACAAAGCCACUAACACAGCCGCCAAUUUACAUACUCUACUUGACGAAGCUGCGAUCAAGAUCAAACAAACCCCCGGUCUUCAUCAGAGUGGUCUUUCGGGCUGGACUUUGUGUUUCAUGAUUCUUCUUCUGGUUGGCGUGCAGAAUUUCAAAGCGGCUUUUGGAUUGGUGUUUUUCAUCUUGGGACAUUUGAUCGCGACGACGAUCUUUCCACUCUUCAAGGUAUAUCGCUCUUCGUUGGGGCCUCUUUGA